AUGGAAUACCUUGAAUUAAAUGCAACAUCGGAUUCCUUUGUAGCUGCUGUAGAUGAUAUGUGGGUAUUGAAUGCCACAUAUCUUGUAUUUUAUACACAAGCGGGCUUUUGUAUGUUAGAAGCAGGUGUGGUCCGUGCAAAGAAUGCAAAGAGUAUUAUUAUAAAAAGCAUUAUCGAUACGGCGAUAGGAUCGCUGAUAUUUUGGGCGAUUGGAUUCGCCAUUUCGUUUGGGGCAAAUGGAAAUUUCUUUAUGGGGUUAAGUCAAUUCUUUUUAAUUGGAUAUACAAAUCUUACUUUUUUUGCCUAUCAAUGGGCAUUUUCAGCUACAAGUAUUACUAUAGUUAGUGGUAGCUUGGCAGAACGAGUUCAUAUAAAUAGUUGUUUAAUAUAUACGGUGGUCAUGUCGGCGAUUAUAUAUCCGUUUGCGGCACACUGGGUAUGGGCGCAAAGCGGAUGGCUAAGAAAGAUUGGAACCAACGGCAUUAUAGAUUUUUCAGGGGGGAUUGUUGUGCAUAUGGUUGGCGGUGCCGUCGGCCUAGUUGGCACCUAUAUAGUGGGUCCGCGUAUCGGACGUUUCGACAGUGAGAGCGGGAAACCCAAGCCACUGCCGGGACACAGCAUCACUCUAUCGACAUUGGGAGCAUUUAUUAUAUGGUACGGAUCCUAUGGAUUCAACACUGGUUCAACGUUGGGUAUUUCAGGCGGUAGAAUCGAGGUGGCCUCGAGAUCGGCCGUCACCAUGACCAUCACAGCUACUGCAUCGUGUGCAACGACAUUGUUGGCAAUCAAAGUGUACAGCGGCAAAUACGACGUGGCAAAAAGCGUCAACGGGUUGUUGGGCGGUCUGGUUGCCUCUAGCGCUAGCUGCUCGAUGAUCGAACCGUGGGGCGCCUUUGUCAUUGGCUGUGUUGCCGCGUUUGUCUAUUUGGGGUCUUCACAUUUACUGCUUAAAAAACGAAUCGAUGAUCCGCUCGACAAUGGUCCCAUUCACUACUCAUGUGGUGUAUGGGGUGCGCUGGCAGUGGGACUGUUUGCGACGGAAAAAGAUGUCAACAAAAUCCUAAUACUUCGGAACCCCACGCACACGUAUGGGUUGUUUACCGGCGGUGGUAUCGAACAGCUUGGAGUACAGCUGCUAGGUGUUGCCGUCGUUACCCUUUGGUGUGUCGUCACUGCUACCAUUUUGUUUUAUCUUAUGCGAAAGUUUAACGUUCUCCGAAUAGACCCUACAAGAGAAUUGAUGGGUAUUGAUAUGGAUGCUGGUGGACCUGCAUAUCCAAAUUUCCAAAAUAUCUAA